AUGUGCUUGUUACAAGUGGCAGCGAGCAGACUGGAUGAUGACUGGUCAGUUAGUGCAGGAGACGUUACGGCUGCCUUUCUAAACGGGGACCCCCUGGAGCGUCGAUUGUUCCUUCGGCAACCACGUCAUGGACUACCUGGACUGCAUCCAUCCCAGAUCAUCCAAGUCAACAAAGGAGUGUUCGGUCUGAUCGAUUCGCCCAGGAUGUGGUGGCGAAAGUUCAAGAAGGACAUCCAGCAGCAGGUGAUCAAUGUUGGCGAGGGUGCGCAGGCAAAGUUCUUUGCCUCUCCGCUGGACCCGUGCGUGUUCCAGCUGCUACUUGUCGGAGAACAUGGAAAGAAGUUGGACGGAGCCAAACCACUCUGCUACGCCGCGGUCCACGUCGACGACAUCCUCUUAGUUGGACCCAGGACUCUAAGUCGUUCAGUCCAAGAGCAGCUCUCCACGUGCUUCCCGGUAGAGGAAUGGGAGAACGACGCCUUCGACUUCAUCGGAAGCCACAUCGAGGUCCUCAAGGAUGAAAUCCGGAUCUCCCAGGGUGGCUACGUUGAGAGCCGCUUGUUUGAGGUGGACCUCGACCCGAAGGUCCCCGACGAGGCCAAAGCGACUCCGGAACAGGUGGCGGAUAACAGGUCGUUAAUAGGAGCCCUCUCGUGGUUGGCCUCCCAAACGAGGCCGGACUUGGCAUGCGGGGUAAGCAUGGCGCAACAGCUACAGGCAUGCCCCACGGUAGAGGACAUCAAAUUCACAAACCUACUAGCUCGCCGGGCCCUACAGCAUGGACAAGAGGCCAUCGUCUUGAAGAAGAUCAACCUCGACAAGCUCGUCGUGGCGGUGUUCCACGACGCUGGGUGGGCGAAUGCGCCCGACUGCAACCAGGAUCCGAUUUAUUUCCUGUCCCCUUCAGACGAAGAGCGGGGAGAAAUCCACGAUGGACCCUGGGCUACGAAGGAGCGCCGUGCCAAGCGCAAGAACUCCAGAGUGGCAUCGCAACUCGGGAUGCUGGUGAUGUUCACUGAGACCGGAGCCCUACAAGGAGACAGUGCCAAUGCGAGCAUAGUCGAAUGGAAGUCGCAUGCUUGCGACAGAGUCUGCCGCUCAACUUUCGGAGCAGAGACCAUGGGAUGCAUUGAGGGGAUCGAGCUUGCCCACUACGUGCGGGCUAUGAUCGCCUCCUUCUUGACCGGAGACCUCAACCGCCACACCGGCGAAGAGUACCCCAUGGUGGCCAUGACAGACUGUCGAUCCCUUUAUGACCACUUUCACAAGGAUGGACUCCCAAGGACUCCAUCCGACCGUCGCCUGGCAAUUGACAUCGCUUGUUUGCGCCAGACGCUGCAGCACGAAGCUCGUGGACAUGGCGGCGGGGAUGAACGCGCACCUUUGGUCUGGGUUGCAUCGGCUGACCCCAUCAAGUUCGGUGGACAUUAG